AUGACUGGUUCAGCCAAUACCAAGUUUCUGCAAGAGCUGUUGCUGUACGCAGCUAGGGCGGCGCUGAGUUACUGGGUAUUGGUCACCGGACUCCGAUACCUUGACCCUAACCGUGAAUCAACCAAGAAAGCUCUUGAGCAAAAGAAACAGAUUGCCAAACGUCUUGGUCGCCCCCUCAUUCAAACCAAUCCCUAUGAGGAUGUGAUAGCCUGUGAUGUUAUAAACCCCGACCAUAUUGAUGUGGAAUUUGACUCCAUUGGGGGACUGGAAACCAUUAAACAAGCUUUGUUUGAGCUUGUUAUUCUACCGUUGAAACGGCCUGACUUGUUUUCGCAUGGCAAGCUUCUUGGACCACAGAAGGGGGUUUUGUUGUAUGGACCCCCUGGCACUGGGAAAACCAUGCUUGCAAAAGCUAUUGCCAAGGAGUCUGGAGCUGUGUUCAUUAAUGUGAAGAUAUCUAACCUCAUGAGCAAAUGGUUUGGGGAUGCCCAGAAGCUUGUGUCUGCUGUAUUUAGCUUGGCUGAUAAGCUUCAGCCUGCCAUCAUAUUCAUUGAUGAAGUUGACAGUUUUUUGGGUCAACGCCGUUCAUCAGAUCACGAGGCUAUGCUAAACAUGAAAACUGAGUUCAUGGCUCUAUGGGACGGAUUCACCACCAACAAGAAUGCUCGAGUUAUGGUACUUGCAGCGACUAAUCGCCCUUCAGAACUUGACGAAGCAAUACUCCGUCGACUUCCUCAAGCUUUUGAAAUUGGAUUUCCAAGCCGGGGAGAGAGGGCUGAGAUACUGAAGGUUAUCUUAAAGGAAGAAAGGAUUGAAAACAACAUAGACUUUGAUCGUAUAGCGGGAUUAUGCACGGGUUACACCGGUUCAGAUCUAUUUGAUCUUUGCAAGAAGGCUGCAUAUUUCCCUGUUAGAGAACUACUGGAUAAUGAAAAGAGAGGGGAACAAACUCAUGAACCUAGACCAUUAUCACAGAUAGAUUUGGAGAGGGCCCUUGCCACUUCCCAGAAGACAACGGUUGCUGCAAAUGAAUACGAAAGAAUGAACCAACAGUCAUCGUCAAGACGGCCGUUUCCCGGUGAGAGUGACUAUGAUGUCCAAGCUGCAAUCAAGGAAAUCUCUAAGCUUAUGGGCUCUCACAUGAUUAACCUCCAAUUAGAUUCCCAGGAUGCUUAA